GGCUCCAUCAGACGCCGCUGGCACCGGACCGGGUGCAGCUCCCUGUCGGACUGUGCUGCUCUGCGCUGCAGGGAGCUUCUGCCGCCUCCCCGCUGUGCCAGCAGCACGGGCAAGGUGCCCCAAGGCGUCAUCUCUUCUGCAGGACCUCCGGCCGAGCCGCUGCCCAGCCCAGCUGAGCGCCACAAGCCAAUCUCCCGCACCCCGAAGCAUCUCGGUCAGCUACAGCAACGCCGGCACCGCUUGUGUCCUCAGCCCUGCCCCGAGCCGGCAUCCUCCCCACCGCGGGGGAACAAGGUGUGUGCAGAAUACUUUUGUGGAAACAACUAACUAGAAAUCUUCACAAAAGAAUAUAUUUGGCAAUAAUGAAUCAAAUGGACAAAAAUCAACAGGAAGUCCCAUCAUAUGUUCGUGAUGAACCACCAGAAGGGUCACUCAAAGACCACCCGCAGCAGCAGGCUGGCAUGCUUUCUCGUGUGACUGGUGGCCUCUUCAGUGUCACAAAGGGAGCUGUUGGUGCCACAAUUGGGGGCGUUGCUUGGAUUGGAGGGAAGAGCUUGGAAAUUACCAAAACAGCCGUUACAUCCGUGCCUUCUGUGGGAGUGGGUCUAGUCAAGGGAAGUGUUUCUGCUGUAGCUGGAGGCGUUACAGCUGUAGGAUCUGCUGUUGCAAGUAAAGUGCCUUUAACAGGAAAGAAAAAGGACAAGUCUGACUAAAAUCAAAACUGAGACAUACUCAAUUCUGCAGAAUAUUGCAUCAGUGGCAUUAAAAUCUGCUAAGAUUGGGACCAUGAGAAGCCAUGUGUCUUAGACACUUUAUCUUCUAACGAGUUGGGCAAGUAACUCGAUUUCAUCUGAAACCGACAGAAGGAGCUUGGCUAGCACAGCGUAUGAGGAUUUAUUAGAGCCUAGAUUGAAGCUUUGUAUCUGGUGAAUUGUUACACUUGAAAAUUAUAGAAGUGAGUGUAUCUGAAGGAAUAAUACAUAUUUGAAUAGUCAUUUACUGUACAUCUUCUGAUGUUUUGGACUAAAAUGUGAAUGUAAAAACUUAGUCAUCUCUGUGAUGUCAUCGAUACAACGAGAUGCCAGUUACUGUUCUCAGUGGUUUCCACAUCCUCCUGCUAAGGAUCCUCCAGCUGUUGUAAAAGCACUGUUGGACAUACCCAGUCUUGGUUAUGAACCUGUAUUUGCAGGCAGCCUGUAAACAUCCCUGACUGCAUUCUGCCAGUGAAGACUGGAGCAAAGAGACUGGAGGUGUGUAGAAAUUUGAAAUGAGAAUGGGAGAUAGAAGUGAAAAACCUUAACAACGUGGUAGAAAGGAUCAUAAAGAGUAAACUAACUUAAUGCCUUAUUAGAAGAAAAUCUCUUUUUACUAGGUGAAGCUGUGUGAAGAACUGUCCUGUUGUUUCAGUGCAGUUUACAGAAUGAGCUUUAGGCUCUUUACAAAUCCUGAUAUCUGAAACUUUGCUGUU